UCGUUUUUCGCUUUUUUAUGACAGGAAAUAUGUUAACGUUACUGAAGUCCGAUGUUGACUAAGUGAUGUAACGAGAAUUUGAUCCCUAGUACAAUAUUUAUUGGUACUUAGAAGGCGCUAUUUAACUAAAGACCGAUAUUAACUACCGUCGUUUGGUAGAAAAUAGACCAUUGUUGAAAUACUUGUGUGACAUACAAUUGCCUACUUUAUUUUGUUUUCGAGUGUGUCAGAAAUUUGCAUUUCAACUUAAGACAAAUAUAUAUAUUUGGGAUUAUUUUUUUAACUUCUGGAAAUUAACCAAUAGAUCAUUAUAAUCUCAUGAAAGAACAAUAGGAUCUUAUGUGCUAUUUGAAAUUGAAACCUGUGAUUUAGAAAACACAUUGAUUUGCUUAUGUUAAAUUACAAUGGGCACUGUGUUUAUAUUCAAAAGAGUGGAUUACAAAAAUGAAAUAAGAUGAAGAGGGAAGGAAGUGUGUCGGUAGAUAUACUACCCCUGGGGCAAAGUCAGGGGAGAAUGUCCCCGUCCCACACAAGUCUAUCAGUGGUACAAGUCAAGAUGUCGGAUAAAAGGAUAUUCUCGGCAGGAUUUGGGCCCUUCAUCAAAAGGCGCCCUGUGACGUCGUACUCGGAACACCAUUCGUUCGCACCAUCACCGUCAGCGCGUGUAAAGUCGGCUGCCAUAAAUAUGCCUCGUUCCCACGUGAGUGUCGCUAGAUUCUAUGAUUGGACCGAGGAUCUUGGAGAAUGUGUUUCCGUUUCUCAAUUCUAUAGAGACCUUGCUGCCUAUAAUAAACUUCAGAAUGAAAAAAUGAAAGGAAAAACACGUUCAAUUGUCAAUCCCGGUAGGAUGUUUCUUCGUGAUAAAGCAGGACUCACAAAAGGAGAAAGAGAGAUUAUUGAAGGAAUUUAUAAAAAUCGUUGCAAUAUCGGAAAAGAUGAAUCUGUGGACAAUUCGAAAGAAGACUGGCAUUUAGUGAAAAGUCAUAAAGAUGCCUGGUUAAUAGGAAAACAUUUUCAGAGGAGUUCUACAAAUAAAUCAGAUUCAGCCUCCGAUGGUAAAUCUGAUCUUGCCAGCAGCUCUCCAACAGACUCAUGUAACAAUUGCAAUAAAACGGACGAAGGUGCUUUAGCUCCACCCACAACUCCUGACCCGGAAGACAAAGUUGAUUCUAAACAUUUGUGGAAACGGAAAUAUCCUCAUAGAGGAAGUCAUGGACAUCCAUUAGAUAUUGCUGAUGGAAAUUAUAAACAUUCAACUAAGAAGGACAUCAAAGACCAAGGAAAAAAGAAAUUAUAUGUGAAUGUGUUUUUACCAUCAAUUUCUGGUGAAGGAUUAUAUGCCCCUCAUGACAGUCUUAAUUCCAGUUUAUCUCUGCCGCCAACGGAAGGUCCAAGACAUCCUAUUUUCUCAGAGCAUGCGCGAAACAUUUUCCGCGAAAAGCAAGAAAAGGCUCGAUUUUCAAGAAUGAACUCUUCAAGUGUAUUGCACUCAUCAACUUUUCCAGUAGCAAACAAUGCUACAAGUGAAUAGUAUGUAUUUUUGACCGUACUAAAAUGAGAUGUUAGAAAUACUGUGCCGACAGAACAUGGAAUAGGAUACAUCUGUCGUUUUUAAGUUUUGUGCAAUAUUCUUAUAUCGUUUUCAUUAUUAAGAAAUAAGUUGAUCUCUGAAUAAUAUAUAUAGAUAGUAAAUAUCGCCAAUAGAAUAGAAAAUGGAAAUGAUCAUGCACAUUUUCCGGUGUUGAAAAUACCAAUAUUUUAGUAGUUUGGAAUGAUAAGAAUACAUUAUUGUAUAUCAGGAAGGCUAAAGCAACAGCCAACUUGUAAGCACUUACAAAUUGCAGAUAGCAAAUGUUCUGGGAGAUUGAAAUGUUUUUUUGAACUUAUUUAUUUAUUGGUUUUCAACCUUUUGGUAGCAUCGUAUGUCCAGUGAAAUGCUUUUUUAAAUGAAAACUGCUGUAAGUGCGGAUUAUCGUUUAACUUCAAAAUUUUAUACAUCUGUCCAGUUAUUAACAAUGCAAAGUUUUACCGUCCAAUUCUAAAAAAAUAUCACAACCUUCAU